AUGACGAAGUGGGCAACUUUGAUCGCAGUUUUAAAACAAAAGAACUACGAGGAUGCCCUGGAAGAGCUUGCAGUGAUUCAAAACUACGAUGAUUUACAAGAUGCGUUGCAAGUUUUACCUUUCAAAUCUCUGAAUCAGGAUUUGCCGACAAGUUUGGUACUUUUAGAGAAGCUAUACGCAAAGUUUAUGUUGUUUGCGACCGACAAAGACGAGGGAAGAUUGAUAAUACGCCAUGUGUUUAAGGUGGAUUUUCUCUUGAGAAACUUUAUUCAAUUUGAGGUUGAAAAUGCUUUGAUUGGUGGGUUGGAACGGAACAUGGAAUGCGAAGAUUUGAUUGGUCACAUAAUGCAGGUGACAUUCUCAAUGGACAGGAGCGUUGUUGAGGAACUAACAAGUUAUGGUACCAGGUUAAAAUCCGCGCUUGAACAUUAUCAGAAUUGCAAAACGUUGAUAACGGAUUACGGUUUCGACGUGGAUGACAUCAAAAGCAAUCUUCAAACUUGUUUGACAAAAUAUCAUUUCUUUAUUCAUAAUCUUGAGUCUCUUAUCAGAGUAAGCAAGAGGAAGCACAGUGAGGGUAAAGGAUGUACAGUGGUGUACAAGGGGGGACACGAUACUCCAAGGAAAACCAGUAAAACACGAUACAACUCCAGUCACCUCACGCGCUCAAAGUCAUUGGUCACAGAUGUUACCUCACACAGAGGAAGUGUGGAGCGAGUACGCAAGAGACUGGUGUUUAACCAGGCUGUACUGGAUGUUAUUGAACCUUGCAAGGAGGAUAUUGAACAAGGGCCACGCUUGCUUCAAAAUUUAAAAGAACUAGUCGAGAAUGACAAUAAAUUUCUAGAUGCCAUAUCUGAGCUCUCUUCACAAAUAUCAAGUCCGUGUUUCGCUCAUAUCAAACUGGAAAGAAUUCUCAGCCAUUUUAUAAAUUCAUACGACACACUUCUUUCAUCAGUAGCGUCUUUAAAUGAAGCAAAUUUAAUUGAGACUGAGGAAUCUGGCCAAAAACGCGAUGGUAUUUCUAGAACGGAGGACGACGAGAAAUGUACUUUCAAAAAGGAAGAAAAGCCAACCACGGAGGACACACAAACUGGGCUGGUUAAUAAUGGCCUGAAGAUUGACGUUACGACGCCCUCACCGUUUUACCGACGUUUGAAAGCGAGACGGCCCCUAAGGACACAUUCUUGCAAAGAGCCAGGCUCAGAAAAGCGAGCAGAAAUUUUACCAAGAGUUCAUCACAAGAACGAGAGUGAAGUUCAAGAGUCGAAGUUAAAAGAGAAACUGGAAAUGAAAGAUAAACAACUGACAGAAACACGAGCUUUGGUAAAGAACUUGAAGAAACGCGAGGAACAGUUGUUGGAAAAAUUAACAGCACAAGCCAAGAACCAUUUGUUGAAAAGCGAGAAAUUUGAGAACGUUUCUGCAGAGUUUCCACGAACGGAACAACUGAUUAGGGAAUAUGAUGACUUGUAUUCUCAAUCACGACUUGAGGCGAUGGACGAUUUGGAUGACAUUGGGAGUUUGAAUUGUCUCGAGAGAAGUGAUGAGAUCAAAUCACAAAUAACAUUUGCAGUUAUGGUGGUAUCUUUCCAUCUUGUUGGACAAGAACUUGAGAGCAGAAAAAUGAAGAUUUACGCUCUCCUUGGAAUCAAACAGGAGAAAAAAGACGAAGACGAGUAUGCUUCUUUAAAAAACGAGAUCACACUUCAGUUUAGGAAAUCUGCAAGUGAAAUUGAUCUCAAACAUAUUGUUGAUGAAGUAUUGGAUGGACUAUUAUCAACAAUGUUUGAGUUCUCUGAGCUCUCUUUGUGUCAGCAAUUACGGCAUUUCGCGGAGGCCUGUGUACGAUUCUCAUGGACUAUUUCAACUCGUGUUCAACCGCUGAUAUUAAGUUACGACGAUACAAGCUUUACGUCAUCAAGCCACAGCAAAUCUCAUAACUCUGAUAAAGAUCGCAACGCAAUAAGAUAUCAUGUCUGGCCAGCGUUAUUAGACAGCCAGACAAACGCAGUCUUAUUUAAAGGCAUUGUGACAACGUAGUUUUCGCCCCUCGUUCCACUGCAGGCCAAGGAGUGACGAAUAGCUAUGUCGCAGCAAGGGGCAGAUUUUGCGAAGCUCGUUUUCUUCCGUGUCGAACGGACUUGUAAAGCUUGUUCAACACAACAUUAAUAUUUUGAUAAUUUCGUUUAUAGUAGAGUUCAUUGGUUAGUUUUUGCCGCAAAUCUGUCCAUGCCAUCAUAUUCUGCAUACAUUGCGCAGCGCAAAAUACAUGACGUCAUUAGGGUAACGAUAUUGCAUAUUAAAAUGAUAU